GCCCUCGCCCUCGCCGCGCUCCUCGCCUUCCUCACCUCCACCCCGACGGCCGCCCUACUGCACCACCACCACCGCUACGCCUCCUCCUCGCCCGCGCGCGCCCUCCUCGUGCCGCGCCGCACCCAGCAGCAGCGCGCCGUCGUCCGGGACCUCCACCACGACGACCGGUACCCCCCGGACGCCGUGCUGCUCCCGGACUGGGAGGUCCUCGUCCUGCUCCACCCCGCCGCCCCCGGGACGAAGACCACCGACGCCACGUGCGCGUUCCCGGGCGGGGCGGCGUCCCCGGCGCGAUCGCUCGGCAGGAUGCCCGCGUCCGGACGCCAGGCCUACACCUGCGUCAUGCCCACUCCGGAGCGCCGACGCAAGCCGCCCUUCCGCGCGCCGAGCCUCAUCGUCACCACCACGGCCUCCUCCCAGCAGCAGACCCACAACGCCGCCGGGGAGGAGAUGCUGCGCUGGAGCGGCCGCCAGAUCGUCUACGACGCCGUCGCGCUCACCGGCACCGGCGACGUGCUCGUCCUCGCCAAGGGGGUCAAUCCGCGCCAGGGAGUCAACCGCAACGCCUCCGACAUCCAAUGCGUCUACUACUACCGCCGCCACAAGUACAACGCCACCGGCGUCGUCGCCUCGCUCCCGGCCGCCACCUCGGCGCAGCAGGUCUUCCGGUGCCCGCCCCCGCCGGCGACGGCACGGCUCGACGGCGACGACGUUCUCCGCGUCACGCUCGCCGUCGCGGGCGGCGAGCCCAUCCCCUCCAUGGCGACCUACAGCGGCCGCCCUCCUCCAGAGCACCCUGCUGCUUCAUCGUCGUCAGGAUCAGGUACACAACAACAAGAACAAGAACAAAGAUCGAAGCUGUGCGCGUGCACCAUGGUCCGCGACGUGGCCAAGUUCCUCCGCGAGUGGGUGGCCUACCACGCGGCCGUGGGCGUCGACCGCUUCUUCCUCUACGACAACGGGAGCCAGGACGACCUGGCCGGCGAGGUGCGCCAGCUCCGCGCGGCCGGGUUCGACGUCUCGACGCGCCCGUGGCCGUGGUCCAAGACCCAGGAGGCAGGCUUCUCCUACGCGGCGGCGGCGCACCGGGACUCGUGCGAGUGGAUGGCGUUCGUGGACGUCGACGAGUUCAUCUUCUCCCCGAGGUGGGCCCGAUCGAGCAGGCCGUCCAGAUCCUCCAUGCUCCGCUCGGUGGUGGCCGCCGUCGAGGCCGACGUCGGCCAGGUGACCCUGGGCUGCAGGGACUUCGGGCCGUCGGGGCGGACCAGGCACCCCGAGGAAGGCGUGACGCAGGGGUACACGUGCCGGCGGCGAGCCGAGGAGCGGCACAAGUCGCUGGUCCGGCUCGACGCGGUGGCGCCGUCGCUGAUGAACUCGGUCCACCACUUCGAGGUCCGGGCAGGGUUCAGGUGGGAGCGGUCCGGGCACGCCCGGGUGAACCACUACAAGUACCAGGCCUGGGACGAGUUCAAGGUCAAGUUCCGGCGGCGCGUGUCGACCUACGUGGCGGACUGGACCGACCCGGUGAACCGCGGGUCCAGGGACCGGACGCCCGGGCUAGGGUUUGAGGCCGUGGAGCCGGAGGGGUGGGCGCACAGCUUCUGCGAGGUGGAGGACACCCUGCUGCGGGACGUGACCCGCAGAUGGUUCGGAUUCACCUCCAAACUUGUUGUUGCUCCGCCAAUAACCCCCCACACCACCAGCAGCUCUGAGCAUAGUCGUCGUCGUUGCCUCAGCUCGUUGAUUGGUAUAUAAUACGUAUCAAUUCAUUCAUAUGAUACGCACACACACAGAAAGAAAGGUCGUACAUACAGGUUACACA